AUGACAACUUUAAUUGAGCGCUACAAAGAAUUUUUUUGUGGGGCAAGUGCUGGAUGUAUUGAAACAUUUAUUUUGUUCCCCAAAACAAAAAUUAUAUUUCGACAACAAUUGCACAAUAUAUCGCUUGUUGAUGCUGCUAAACAAUUAAAACGUGAAGGAGCCAGAAACUUGUAA